UGUUCUACCAUUCCUACAUUCGAGGUCCGCGAAACUGAACGAGAGCAACCAUGGCAUCAACUACAGCGACUGUGGGAAAUUUACCCAGUGGAUUAGGAAUAUGCACAACUAUUCCAGACAUCCUCUACCUACCGGAGCUUAUCUUUGGAGGUCUAGUAUGGAUCCUGGUGGCAUGUACACUGGUGGUGCCCGCCAACCCACAGGGCUGGGUGAUGUUCGUGUCCGUCUUCUGCUUCACCAUGACCUUCAUCUGGAUGUGCAUCUUCGCCUUCGGAGUGCAUCGCAACAGCGGGGGAUGGGCAGCCGCUGACUUUGCAUACCACAGCCUGGCAGCUUUCUUCUACCUCAGCGCCUCUGUGGCUCUCGCCAAAGUGACCCUGGAUAUCAAAGCUGGAACCCUCUAUAACUAUCAGCUUGAUAUUUCUGCAGUGGUGUUCUCUUACGUGGCCACACUCCUCUACUUCAUCCACACCAUCUUUUCGGCCAUCAGGUGGAAGUCCUUCUAAACUAGAACAAUGCUAAAGGCCUCAGUCGAAGAGGAGAAGGUCUUAAGUCUACCAUUGGAAACCAAGGGGGGCUGUGGUGUAAUCUACUGCAUGGCCUAUAACCUGACGUAAAGAAGACAUCUACCUGCUCUGCAUCCCGAUCCUCUAUCAUUCUCUUCUCCCAAAGCGUGGACUCUUCCCUACAUAUUCAAAAGCAAAUGAUUGGUUUAAGCAUGGUUUAGACUAGAGGGAAUUGCCAUCAUAGGCCUACAUGCCCUUUCUUUAUAAAUCCAUGAAGGGAAGUGAACAUAUGCACACUUAGGGUAGGUGGGUAGAGAAUUGGGAUGCAGAACCAGAUCUCUCUCCGAGGACUAACCCUACGAAAGCAAACCUAGACGCAAAUCACUUAUUACAGUUACAAAAAUAAUGUAACACUUAAUUUUUUUCCUUCUAUUUACUGUAUGGUUUAUAGGUUGAUAAUUUUACAGACUUCAGUAAUUCGAGGAACAUUUUUAAUUUAACUAUUUUUUACUUUUAUAAUUUUCUCAAUUAAACUACCACAUUUUAUUAAACUAACCAGAAAUGUAAAAUGUAAUAAAAGGUACAUGGUUUUUUGCUUGUUUUUUAUGCUUGGUCUUUGCUACUGAUAGCAUUUUUGUAAAAUGUUGAACUUGCUGGAUCCACCUACUGUUACGUUAUAAUAAAGGUGUUCUGAAACAU